CGCCUGCCACCUGGGGGUAGGGGGGUGCUCCCACCAAUGCUGGAAACAGUCGAGCUCUUCAAAGUGAAAAGUCUGUGGGAGAAUCAGGACUGUCCUGCAUCCUUCUCUUGGCCCAAGUCCCCACCGGCCCCUAAGCCUUUGUGGGGACAGGGCCAGCUAAGGGGAGGUGGCUGUAGGAGGUUGGGCCCCGAGUACACAGCUGCAGGGUCACUGGGCCCAGCCCGCACCUGCUGUUGGCCAGGCUGGCCUUUCUGGCCCCAGCAGUGCUCUGCUUAGGCCUUGGGUCCCCUGGGGCUGUGUUGGCUGGCAGCCUUGGGGAGUGCCAGGCCGGGCUGGUGAGGGAGCAGGAGCGGGAGCGAUGUGCUGAGUCAGCGUGACUCGCCAGGAACAGCCAUGCUCUGGGGCGCACACUGGGGUUAUUUUUAAAGCUCCCGGCUUCCUUCUAGGCUGGCCCUUCCCGCAUCCCUCUCAUCUCUUCCCAAGGCCCUUUUCUGGUUGCUGCCUUCCUAACUUAGCCUUCUGUCCCCCUUCCCCCAUCAGACCCACUGGGUUUCCUAGGAACAAGGUGGCCGGGGACCAGCCCAGCCAGAGGGUGGCAGGUGGUCCUCCGGGCCAGAGUGCCUGCUUGCCGUGCCCCCGGGUUAUGACGACCCCCAAUAAAGGAAACAAGGCCUUGAAGGUGAAGCGGGAGCCGGGUGAGAAUGGCACCAGCCUGACGGACGAAGAGCUGGUGACCAUGUCGGUGCGGGAGCUGAACCAGCACCUGCGGGGCCUGUCCAAGGAGGAGAUCGUCCAGCUGAAGCAGCGGCGGCGCACGCUCAAGAACCGGGGCUACGCGGCCAGCUGCCGCGUCAAGCGCGUGACGCAGAAGGAGGAGCUGGAGAAGCAGAAGGCGGAGCUGCAGCAGGAGGUGGAGAAGCUGGCCUCAGAGAACGCCAGCAUGAAGCUGGAGCUCGACGCGCUGCGCGCCAAGUACGAGGCCCUGCAGAACUUCGCCAGGACUGUGGCACGCAGCCCUGUGGCGCCGGCCCGGGGCCCCCUCGCUGCCGGCUUGGGGCCCCUUGUCCCCGGCAAGGUGGCCGCCACCAGCGUCAUUACGAUAGUAAAGUCCAAGACGGACGCCCGGUCGUAGGGACGCGCGCUUGCCCGGGCGGGUCUGCAAGGGGCCAUUAGGCGCAUGGCGAGUUUGGCAGCCCUGUCCCCUUCUUUCUCCUCUCCUCCUCGUCCUCUCCUGCCUCCUCCCUUCCCUGCAAAGCACAACCCGCACCCCAGGGGCGCCGGGCUGAGCCCCUUUGAUCUCGUCGUCGUCAUCGUGUGUUUUGUGUGUUGGGAUUGGUCAGUUCGGCGGUGACGUGGGGUUGCCCCCCAGUCCCCUUUGUACCAAGGCGGUGCAGGCUUGGCGUCCAGAGUUGGCCCUGUGGGAACAGAGAAAGAUCGAAUGAGCGUUCUGGGGCUCGGGUGUUAGAGCAGGGAGGGCCCCAGGGCAAGGGGAGGCUGCUGUCCACUCCUGGGUGGCCCGCGGGCUCCGACGGCUGCUGGCUGGCCGGGGGCUGUGAUUCACUCUUAGUGCGGCCACAGGCACAGAUGGGCUCUGCUCCUAGGAGUAGGGUGUCCCUGAGGGCCCUGGACGGGUGGGCCACUAGCCUGGGCGCUGUAGGCGCUGGGAGGGAUGGGGCGUUCCGCGGCUUUGCGCCAGGGGCCAGGGCGGUCGAGCCUGACGCGUUGCACUGAACAAGACCAAAUCACUGGUUGUGAACAUACGUGAAGGGUGUGUCCAGUGUCCUGCGAUGGGUCCCGUGCCACUGUUUACAUGACCUGUUUGUGUGGUUACAUAGCCCUUUAUUUAAAAGAGAGGAGUUCCUUUUACGAAGUUAUUAAAUUAUAUGUUUAAAAGCUAAAGAAAAAAGAGCUGCAGAGUAUUUAUAAAACUGUCUUUUUAAAAAAAAAAACAAAAACCAAGCAAGAACAUUUGACCGUAUAUAUGGACAAGGAAGGAAAGUAUAAUAGAAACUUUGCUAGUUUAACAAAAGAAAAAAACAAAAAAAAAUCCCUUUCUUGUAAACUUAUGGACAAGUCUUUGUGGCUGUUGGAGUUUAGUUUUUAUAUACACAGAGUUAUCAGACGUUAUUUAUAAAACUUAGUUUUAAAAAAGAUAAAAAAAAAAAAAAA